AUGAUAACAUGGGCCAACACUGCAAGAAACAACUGGGAGAGACAGAUCAAGGCAGAGUUUGACCAGCUUCACAAGUUCCUAAUUCAGGAGGAGGAGGACAGAAUGGCAGCCCUGAAGGAGGAAGGGAAACAGAAAAGGGAGACAAUCAUCCUGGAGCAGGAGAACAUUCAAGCAGAGAUAUCCGCUCUCUCAGAGGUAAUCUCCGCUGUGGAACAGGACCUGCCGCUGGAAGACAACGCAGCGUUUCUCACUUCCCCCAGGGACCUCUGGUCGGGGUCUGGUCCACAGGUUGUUCGUGGAGGUCUGGUAGACGUGGCCAAACACCUGGGAAACCUGUCCUUCAGAGUGUGGGAGAAGAUGAGGGAGAAAAUCCAGUUCACACCGGUUAUCCUCGAUCCAAACACUGCAUCAACAUGUCUUGUUAUCUCAGAGGAUCUGACCAGUGCGAGAUACAAGGUCGGACCGCGGCAGGAGCACCCUGACAACCCAGAAAGGUUCAGGGUGUAUUCCAAUGUUCUGGGUUCAGAGGGCUUCACCUCAGGGGAACACAGCUGGGAGGUGGAGGUGGGAGACCAUCCUGACUGGCUGAUAGGGGUCGCUAAAGAGACCGUGGACAGGAAAGACGGGCUUUUCGCUUCACCAGAAAAUGGAUUCUGGUGUUUAUUCCAUUACAAGGGUGGGUACAGUAAUGGUUCAGGUAAAAGAUUGAACUUGAAGAAGAACCCAGAGAGGAUCCGAGUCCUGCUGGACUGUGGGAGAGGGAAGGUGUCCUUCUAUGACGCAGGAGGAAAUGAUCCCAUCUUAUCUUAUAGAGGCACAUUUUCUGAGAAGAUCUUCCCAUUCUUUAGUGUUUGGCCAGCAAGUGGAGCUCAAACCAGAGACGUGAAAGUGUGUGUGUGUGUGUGUGUGUGUCUAAAGUGAUGGGAAUAUCAAAUGUCCCUCCAUGAGAGAAGAACUGAACACGGUUUAGCUGUGAGAUAUUGUAGAGUAGUUGACAGCAUGUUUAAUGAAGACAGCCAAUAAACUGUAAUAAAACAGCAUGUUUAAUGAGGACAGCCAAUAUAGUGUAAUAUAACAGCUUUAUCUGUAUCUUUGAGGAGGAAGGGCUAGACAAAGUCUACAUGUUUCAUUACCCAAUCUGCAGUAAUACAUGGUCAUUCUGCAGAAUCAAAUAAUUGACAUGGCAAAGGUCGGCUUCAUAGAACAACAAAAAAUAGACACAUAAAAAAGCAAAAAGGUGUAGGCAAAAUAUAUUACAAGACACAAUAAAGUGAGCGGGUUGAAGGUAUUCAAAGGGAAUGGUCAGUUCACUCUUCAUCAGUGUGACGGCCUUGGGUUGGCUAGAUAGGAUAUGACCAGGGGUCAGGGGUCAUUAAGGGAUAACGUUUCAAUACUGACUGCCAACCACUCGCUUAUUUCAAUCUGUAUAAACCAUUGAUUAUUGUAAACAGAAUGCUACUUGAUAUGUUGACACAAAAAAAGACUAAAUAUCAAAUCAAAUGUAAAAUAAACUAAUUAUAACAAUAGAAGACAUUUAAACUGUUUAUUAUAUAAUCCGUAUUUCAUGAUGUAUAGUGUACUAUGCUUAGUGUUGGGAAAAUAUCAGUCUGUACACAUUCCUGUAUGAUGAAUAUAAUUCUAGAAAUAAUUGUUAAAGUUGUGUCUGCCUAAAAUGCGAACAAAUAGGGGUUACAAAAAUGAUGGUGAGUGUUGAUGAAUUGCUUGUCCUGCUUGAAUAUUACUGCAAUAGAAACAUUAAAGUUGUUAACGUUCA